AUGGUUGGGGCGGCGGUGUGGCGAUCGCCCGGGUGUCAAGCGAUCUACACGCGUGCGUCGAUGGACACGGACCCCCCGACGUACUGCACCAUGUUCCACCACAUGGUCAAGAACGGAGGGACGGCGGUAAGAGAUCAGCUGAUCCUGGCCAGCGAGAUCCAGGGGCGAGAUGUCCCAGGCCUGUGUGUGAUAGGGCCAUCUUCUGCAGAGGCCUGCCUUGACGCGCUACACCACUCGUCUGUCAUCAUGGGCUACGUCGAGUUAUUAAGGGAUCCAAUGGAGGAGCUGGGGCGACGGUGCGACUACUUCACGAUGAUGAGACAUCCCAUCGAUCGCCUGGUAUCGGCUUUCUACUACUGUCCGACCUUCCACGAUAAGCAGGUUCGGCCGAAUAAGUGGUGUGGGGGGCAUAGCCACCCGGACCCGUUAACAUCUCGGCUGUUAGACUUCGCGAGGGAGGACUGGAUGUGCAAGGCUAUGUUCCAGCUCAGCUUCGCCUCCUACUGCCCCCCCGGCGCCUUCUGCGAGCAUGAUAUGGUCGAAGAGCCACCGACGCAUCUCAACGGCGUUGAAGACUGGAGUCUGCUGGCCGUAGCAGAGGACGUCCUUCUGAGCUACACCGCUGUGGGGAUUUUCGAGGAGUGGGAGCUGUCGAUGGAGCUGUUCGACGCCGUAAUCAGCAGCCCGGUGCAGCAGUGGGGCGGCGAGGAGGCCGUCAACCCGGGCCCCAAGUCGAGCGAGCGAGAGAUGCUGCUUCGGUGGGCGCAUAGCUCUCCGGAGAUCAGGCAGGCCGUGGGGGGAGACCUCCUGCUGUACGACCUAGCGCUGUCGAUCUUCAAGAGGCAGACCGCGGAGGCGCUGGGGACGGUAUGGAAGAACGGCGGGACGAGCUUAGCGAGGGAAUCGGAAAAACUUCGAUCGUACUAGUGAGUGGACGGUACGGUCAUCCGCUGGCGGGUACUGGGCCUCUGGAACCCCCCUUGAGCAGGCAGACCCGUGCUUGCGGAUACCCCCGUCGUCUGCUUGCACCGGCGUGUGUUUGUUGUGUUGUCCUGGUACAUAUUGACCGUUGUCUCCCGUGUGUUAUAAGUCUAUAUACGUUGGUGUAGAGGGUGGCCAAGAGCUUAGCGUGAGGGAGCCGGGUUUCGAAGCGGCUUUUGCAUCUUUGACCGCAGCGGCCACGACUACCCCCACCCGCAGAACAACAGCUGAGGGGGGGGGGGGUACGGAGAGGAGUCCGCGUUUCUGGGCUGUGAGCUUGGGUCAACCUUGGAGAAAACCGAGCGGGGGUAAAGCACCCGCUCCUCUCCGAAAAACCUGCGGUGUGUCAAGUGGUCAUGUCUUGAAUAUGGGCAACGGCAGGUGUGACGUUUUGGUGUUCGUGUGACUUGUUCUGUUGGUUGUCGGUGCACAGCGAUAUUAGUGCUGCCAUGCGCGUGUUCAGCUCCCCCCGUGUUUGCUGUGUAAAGCCUUUUGUGUUCUGCCAUCUGGUUGUCGGUACACAGCGAUACUAGUGCUGCCAUGCGCGUGUUCAGCUCCCCCCGUGUUUGCUGUGUAAAGCCUUUCGUGUUCUGCCAUCUCGUCAUACUGUUUGCUCCUUU